AGAGGAAACGCGUUUAAUGAGGUCAUUUCUUCUGUCGUCCACCCACACACACAUACACACACACACACACACACACAGAGAGAGAGAGAGAGAGCCGGAGAAACGAGUUAAAGCGGAACACUACAGACAUACAGAAAAGCCCAUUCUUGACUGACGGACACGCUGAACCCUUCGUGAUGUUUCCUGAUUCAUCCACAGGGUGCACUUAUGAGGAGUGUAAGGCCACAGCUGAUUGGCUGCUGGCUCAGGCCCCAGUGCGCCCCCUGCUGGGGAUCGUGUGCGGCUCCGGACUCGGAGGACUGGCAGAGAUGCUGAAAGAUCCUCUGGUGAUCAAGUACAGUGACAUCCCGAGCUUCCCUCAGAGCACCGUUCACGGUCACGCUGGAAGGCUGGUGUUCGGCACGCUUAAAGGAACGCCGUGUGUUUGCAUGCAGGGCAGGUUUCACCUGUAUGAAGGAUACCCCAUUCAGAAGACCACGAUGCCGAUCCGUGUGUUUAAGCUGAUGGGUGUUGAGACGGUCAUCCUGACCAACGCCGCCGGAGGACUCAACCCAGACUUCACUGUGGGAGACAUCAUGGUCAUCAAAGACCACAUCAAUAUUCCCGGAUUCGCUGGAAACAACCCGCUGGUGGGAGCGAACGACGAGAGGUUCGGUCAGCGGUUCCCGUGUAUGUCAGAAGCGUAUGACCGCGGUCUGCAGCAGAUGGUUCACGCGAUCGCAGCGGAGCUGGGUUACUCUUCCUUCAUGCAGGAGGGUGUGUACAGUGUGCUGGGCGGCCCGUCCUUCGAGACCAUCGCCGAGUGCAGAAUGCUGCGCUCCCUCGGAGCCGACGCCGUCGGCAUGAGCACGGUUCACGAGGUGAUCGUGGCGCGUCACUGUGGGAUGAGGGUCGUGGCUCUGUCUCUGAUCACCAAUCAGGCGGUGAUGGACUACGACAGCGAGAAGAAAGCCAAUCACCAGGAGGUUCUGCAGACGGGGGAACUGAGGGCGCAGCAGAUGGAGAAACUGGUCUCCACCCUGGUGUCCCGCAUGCAGCUGCAAAACAACCAGCACUAAAGCACUGAGCCACUCGCUGACCGCCAGACGCUCGCUGACCACACGGAUACUAGUCAGACAUCUUUAUACUGCAGGGACAAUGGGAACAAUUUCACAUCAAACAAUCCUGAAAGAUAUAUAGAGAGGUUUGAAACUUCUGCUUCUGUCAUCGCCAAAGUUAUUCUACUUUAAACGGAGUACUUUAAUAAGUAUUUAUUGUGUCCAAACGUCUUAAGCGUGAUUUAUUUAAAACUUUAAUUAAUCAAGUGGAAAAUAAUGCACAAACAUAUCCAGUCUUGAAGAAAAUUGGCAUUAUGUUUUUGAUUUUAUAAAAGAAGAAUGUUACUGAAUUCAUUGUGAAGUACUGAACUUAAGAUUACUGUAUUUAUGUGACCUAUUUAUGUAAAGCAGCUUAAACUAUAAGGUUUUUGAGGUUGUUUUAACUUGCACUAAAUGAUGGAGUACUGUGGUGUUUUGUGUGUCAGUUUUAAGAUCUGAAUCGCUGUUUUACUGACUUUUACCAGCACUUUUCCCAAAGACAUUUAUUUUAUUGACCUGAACCUUGAAAUCGCACUUCAGGCUUUACUGAUGUUUCUGUGUGAUCUGCUUCAAUGCAAUUAAAGAUAAUGUUGUACCAACA